CAUGACAUUCUAGGGUUUAUUCUCCUCUCUGAUUUUCGAUUUCUCCCUGAAAUCAAACUCAAUUUCUCCUUUUUCCUUCUUUCUCUCGAUUCUCAAUUUCAAUCCAUGGAAUCCAUGAGAUCGCCGUUCUGGUGCUACAGAUGCAACCGCUUCAUCCGGAUCCGGGUUAGGUCUCAAGAUUCCGUCAGCUGUCCCGACUGCGGAGGUGGAUUUGUCGAGGAAAUCGACACGCCCUCCCGAUCUCCUGUCUACCACCGAUUCCCUACUGCGGCUUUGUAUUCCGACACCAGUCCGAGUCCAGUUCCUAGUCCUGGGUUAAGUCCGAGUCCUAGAUUCCGCCGCGCCAGAAGGAACGCCGGUGAUCGCUCUCCGUUUAACCCGGUCAUCGUUCUCCGUGGGUCCAACGCUGGUAACGAGGGUAUAGUUGCUGAGAGAGGGAAUAACUUCGAGCUUUAUUAUGAUGACGGAUCUGGUUCUGGUCUUCGUCCCUUGCCGGCGAGCAUAUCGGAGUUCUUGAUGGGAUCUGGUUUUGACCGGCUUCUUGAUCAGCUAGCUCAGUUGGAGAUUAAUGGUGUGGGCCGAUUUGAGCAGCCGCCGGCUUCAAAAGCGGCUAUUGAAUCAAUGCCAAUCAUCAAGAUCCUCUCGAGUCAUGUCGCCAUGGAAUCUCAUUGCGCAGUUUGUAAAGAGCCUUUCGAGCUUGACACGGAGGCUCGUGAGAUGCCAUGUAAGCAUAUUUACCAUUCUGAUUGCAUUCUUCCAUGGCUUUCUAUCCGAAACUCUUGCCCUGUGUGCCGCCACGAAUUGCCAACGGAAGCUACGACAAAUUUAGGCGAUAAUGAUUCUGUUAGAGACGAGGAUGCUGUGGGGCUAACGAUAUGGCGAUUGCCGGGGGGUGGAUUCGCUGUGGGGAGGUUUACUGGAGGGAGGAGAGCUGCGGAGAGGGACUUCCCUGUUGUGUUUACGGAAAUGGAUGGCGGGUUACACAACGCGGGUGUACCCAGAAGGAUUUCAUGGGCUCCAAGUGGGAGGAGGUCUCGUGAGAGUAGAGGAUUGGGACGUAUCUUUCGUAGUGUGGCAUCAUUCUUUGGCCGGUUUAGGAGCUCGUCCUCUCGUUCGGGUGGUGAAUCUAGGCUGACAAGGAGGAGUAGGUCGACUUCAAUCUAUGGCAGGUCAUCCAGAAGGCAAACUGAGGAUUGGGAUUUGGAUGACUGAAAGAUGGUAUUUUUUUUUUCUUUUUGUCUAGAAGAGCUUGGAAUUGUAGUGGUUUUGGCUGAUAUGAAUUAGUUUCUAUUUCAUUCUAUAAUUCUUGCUGUUUCCUUCCUAUGCAAAGAAACAUAUGUAGAUUUGUAUGAUUUUUGCUGCUGUAAAUAAUGACACUUUGAUGAAGGAAUGGGGAAUUCCUCAUUUUUAGGUCCUGCCAAAGCGAUAGAAGUUUUGUACCAGCUGUAGUACUAGUGGUCAUCAUUCCAUUGAAGGAGAUGAAAAGGGGUUGAUGAAGAAGAAAGCUUCCUGGUUAGAGUCAACCUUUUAGAAGUCAAUGAUGCACUGAUGUAAUUUUGCUUGCACUGCUGUUAAGGCUCAAUUUGUUUCAUCAAUGAGUUUUGCCACAAUAAUUUAUAUCUAUUCCG